CGCUUCGCCGGCAGAGAGGACGGGGUUAUAUCCGGUCAGGCGCCACUCUGCAGGGAGAGGGCUCCUUUCUCUGCCACCCGGGUCGGAGGAGGACGCUGCCGACGCGCUGCUGGUGUCGGAGUUCGGUCGUGCCUGGCCCUGAAUAGUUGCGUGGCCGGCGGAAUCUCGUAUUUGAAUCUGGGGAUCAUUUUGAAAUGUGGUGGUUUCAGCAAGGACUGAGUUUCUUGCCUUCUGCCCUGGUUAUUUGCUCGGCGGCUGCUUUUGUGUUUCCAUAUGUUACUGCAGUCCUUUUAUAUCAUGUUGAUCCUUUGGUACCCUAUAUCAGUGAUACAGGGACAGCACCUCCAGAAAGAUGCUUGUUUGGAAUACUUUUAAGCUUUGUUUCCUUCUUGGGCAUUGCUACCAUAUACGUCCGGUACAAACAAGUCAGUGCUUUGAACCCUGAAGAACCCAAGAUGCUCAGACUAAAUAAGGCUGGCUUAGUGAUAGGAAUGGUUAGCUGUUUUGGGGUUUGCAUCAUUGCAAACUUCCAGAAGAAUGCUGUAUUUUUCUUGCAUACAUUUGGCGCUUUCCUCACAUUUGGAAUUGGAGUCAUAUAUAUUUUGAUUCAGACAAUUCUUUCCUAUAAGAUGCAACCAGAAAUUCAUGGAAAGGAUAUUUUUUGGAUCAGAUUGACAAUACUGCUGUGGUGUGCAGUAAGCAUAUUGAGUAUGUCUAUUUCUUCAGUCACUUUACUCAGCUUAAAUGGGAUAGAUUCCCUACGGAAACAGCAUUGGGAUCCCCAGGAGAAAGGAUAUGCCUUCCACAUCAUUAGCACAGUCUCUGAAUGGUCUUUGGCUUUCACUUUCCUCGGUUUUUUCUUCACUUUUAUCCGUGACUUCCAGAAAAUCUCAUUGCAUACAGAAACAAGCCUACUUGGGCCUAAUUUUUAUGAUAUGCAAGAGCAGCUUCUAGCAGAUGACCAAGGAAUACCAAUCACAGGAAGCACAUGAGAAGAAAACAGAGAAAAUGACAUAAAUUAGAACUUCUCUCAGAAAAAGGCUUUGGUUCAAACAUGGCACUUCCAGUUUUUAAAAUGCAGGAAUCAUGAUGAUGUCUGUUAGUUCCACUGGCAUCAGCUCAUAUACAUGCCUAUAUAUAUAUGAACAUUCAAUGCAAGGUAUAAAAAUAUCAUUCUAUAUGAAAAUACUGUUAUUAACAAAGCAUUUUUACUGACUUUUGCCAAUUAUAGAAAAGGCUUUAAGUACCUCACAAAAUCUUUCAGUGUUGAAUAUGACAUAAUGAUAGUAUGGUAUGAUAUAUCUUUACAGAUUUUUAUAAAUUAAAUAAAAAUUCUACAGAUUAAA